AUGAAGCGGAGGUCCGAUGCCAUCGCUUACGGGACGCGCUUUCAGAAGGCCGCGGCCCUCGUCGAUCUGGCAGAAGAUGGUAUUGGUCUGCCUGAAGAAGUUCUAAAUGAUCUGAGAUUUGAAGAGGCUGCAAAGUACUACUUUAUGUACAUUCGACUUGAUUUACUGUGGUCCUUGAAUCUCUUUGCCCUAGUACUACUCAAUUUUCUUGAGAAGCCUCUCUGGUGUGCCAAAUCUGGUCUUUAUUCUUGCAAUGACAGAGAUUACUUUUUCCUCGGACAAUUACCUUACCUAACCAGUGCCGAGUCUCUCAUUUAUGAGGGAGUUACUCUACUUAUACUCCUGUUAUAUACAGUUUUUCCACUUGCAUAUGAAGGUUUCCAUCUUUAUUGGAAGAAUCACCUGAACAAGCUAAAGGUCUUGCUUGUCUUAAUAUUGAUGUGUGAUAUGUUGGUGUAUGCUCUUUAUGUUUCUCCCCUGGUGGUGGCUUAUAUACCUUUCAGAUUUGCUCCAUAUAUCCGCGUGGCCUUUUUAGCUUUGACAAUAAGGGAAUUGCGAACAUGUAUAGUCACACUGGCUGGCAUGAUUGGCAUGUACCUGAAUGUUUUGGCACUUUCGCUGUUGUUUCUGUUGUUUGCCAGCUGGUUGGCAUAUGUCACGUUUGAAGAUACCCAACAAGGGAAGAUUAUGUUUCACUCUUAUGGCGCCACACUGUAUCAGAUGUUUGUGCUUUUCACCACGUCAAAUAAUCCAGAUGUAUGGAUUCCUGCAUACAAGAGUUCGCGCUGGUCUUGCUUGUUUUUUGUUGUUUACGUGCUAUUGGGAGUGUACUUCCUUACUAAUCUUAUUCUUGCCGUUGUAUAUGAUAGCUUUAAAGCCCAGCUUGCAAAGCAAGUUGGUGAGAUGGAUGCCAUGAGGAUUAGGGUCUUGGGGAAGGCAUUUAGUCUUAUUGACAAUUAUAAGCAUGGUUUUCUGAACAAAGAACAAUGUAUUCGCUUGUUCGAGGAACUGAACAAGUAUAGGUCAUUGCCAAAAACUUCGCGGGAAGAUUUCGAACUGAUUUUUGAUGAGCUUGAUGAUAGCGGCGAUUUCAAGAUUAAUUUGGAAGAGUUCACAGAUCUCUGCAACGCUAUUGCCCUAAGAUUCCAAAAGGAAGCUUCUCCGUCUUGUUUUGAGAGGUUCCCAGCAUUUUACCAUUCUCCUCAGUGUGAAAAGUUGAAAGCUUUUGUUCGAAGCCUUACAUUUGGAUAUAUUGUAGCUUUUGUUCUUGUACUCAAUUUCGUUGCAGUAAUAAUUGAAACGACGCUAGAUAUAGAGAACAGCUCUGGGCAGGGAGUUUGGCAGGCAGUUGAGUUUUGCUUCGGCUGGAUUUAUGUUUUGGAGAUGGCUCUGAAGAUCUUUUCAUUUGGAUUUGAUGCUUACUGGAUCGAAGGUCAAAACCGUUUUGAUUUUGUAGUAACAUGGAUAAUAGUUAUUGGAGAGGCUACAACUUUUUUCUUCUCAUCUGAGCUGCCUUUUCUUUCUAAUGGAGAAUGGAUUCGUUACCUUCUGAUUGCAAGAAUGUUACGUUUAAUAAGACUGCUGCUACAUGUUCAACGCUAUAGAGCAUUUGUGGCAACUUUCUUAACCUUAAUUCCAAGUUUGAUGCCUUACUUGGGUAUCAUAUUCUGCGUGCUUUGCAUCUAUUGCUCUCUUGGUUUACAGUUAUUUGGUGGGAUUGUAAACUCUGGUAAUCCUAGAUUGGUGGCAACUGAUCUUUUUGAUGAUGACUACUUACUUUUCAACUUUAAUGACUACCCAAGUGGAAUGGUGACACUAUUCAAUUUGUUGGUGUUGGGAAAUUGGCAAGUGUGGAUGCAGAGCUACAAGGUCUUGACUGGAAGCUCCUGGAGCCUUGCAUAUUUCAUUAGUUUUUACCUCAUAACAAUUCUACUGCUCCUUAAUCUGGUUGUAGCUUUUAUUUUGGAGGCUUUCUUUGCUGAAAUGGAACUGGAGACACCCAAUGGACGUGAGGAAGACAAGGAUUCAUCUAGAAGGAAGGACCGGCGCCGGCAUGUUGGUGUAAAAACAAGGAGCCGCACAGUUGACAUUCUUCUUCAUCAUAUGCUAAGUGCAGAACUGAGUGAUAGCCAACCUGCAAAAGAAUAGUUUAUCUUGGUCCUUCCACGCUGUAGGGUGUCCUUUUUCUCUUUCAUACGAUGAACUCUUCUGUUGGACAGGGACCAUACAAAAAGCAAAGAACGGGAGAUCCUUCCAUCAUCAAGUGGAAAGGUUGCAACUUAACAAGAUACAAGUAUCUAUUAUAUAAAUGUGUGUGGGUCAUCAAGUCUAAAGUUCAUGCACCAAAUUUGCAAGGAGCAUAUCUGAAGUUAUCCCCAUGUGUCGUGAGCCCACUGAUAUAUUUGCUUUAUUGUGCCGUAUUCUGAUAGGUACAGUAGGCCUCUGGCUAAAAUACCCUUGGAAAAAUUUGUGUAAGAUAGGAUGAGCUUCCAUGUGUUAUUGGAUCCUGCUUGAAAUUCUCGUCUACCUAGACUUUUUUUUUCAUUGAAAGGAUCACUUUGUAAUCUCCUCUGCUUUGGGAGAAUUUUGUCAAAUGAAUUGUUUCUAUUGCUAGACUCCAGCAGUGGACUUUUUCGUA